AUGGUGAAUGACGGAGCUCCCCUUCGGGAUGAUACUGAACGGCACUCAAGUUCCGAUCGGUUGACUUAUGGUGGCAGCACUGGCCAUGAUAUUGCUCGUUCAGACAUCUGGAGUGGCCCUUGCCGAGAGGCGGUUGAGAACCUUCGCGCAGAAUUAGACAUUACUCUUCUAGAGGGAAAGCAUGUCAAACAGAAGUUGGAGAAUAUUGAUAACAUCGAGAAAGAACAAACGCAACAAUCGGCCUUCUUAAGAGGUGUGAAGUGCUUGCGGACUGCAAAAGUACCUCUCGAGAGGUUUAAGCUUGCAUUGGAUCUGGCAUCCCCGGUGGUGAGCCUCGAGCCCAUUGCAACCGCGGUUCUCGGCGUGGUUAGGGUUGUUGCUGUGAUUGCGACCAGCCUUGCAAAUGCCAACGAGGAGUUUGCAAAGCAAGUCGGAGAUAUGCUAGGUCGAAUGUCUUAUAUUGAUGAUUGCGAUACACUCGGGCAAAAAGCAGAUAGGCAAAACAUUGCCCAUGCAGCUUUCCGGUCUUUACGUCACAUUGCUUUCCCGCUGCACUUUAGAUGA